AUGUCGGAAAUUAUUCCCGAACACAGCUCGUCCAAGCGGAAAUUAGACUCCGAAGAAUAUUUCGAUCCUGAACUUUACGGUCUUCGACGAUCUGGACGUACUCGGAUAAAUCCAGGGAAGUAUGUUGAUGCUGAAUUAGAAGACGAAUUACCAUCUAAACAGCGUCGUGGUAUGAGAAAUGGGACUCAUCGUCAAAGAAAUAUAAGUGAUGAUGAUGAUGAUGACGAUGCUGAAUCUCUCUCUCCAUCAGAGGAUGAGGAUAGCGAUGGUAGUUCUUACGGUGACAAUGUUCGCAGAAGGUCUGGAAGAAGGAAAGCGACACCUGACGAUGCUCUAGAUGAAGUAAGGUUUUCCUCGCGAAAUUCCAAAGGUGUAAAUUAUAAUGAAGAUGCCUAUUUUGAAUCAAUUGAAGAUGAAGAGCAACUCGGUGAUGGCUAUGAUUAUGAUAUGGAGGCACAAGAAGAGCCUGAAGAAACAAAAGCCAUAGACUGUGUUUUAGAUCACAGGCUUAUUGAAGGACGUGAUGGGUCAAAUAUUACAAACGAUUAUGAGUACCUUGUAAAAUGGGUGAAUAUGUCUCAUUUACAUUGCACUUGGGAGACCUAUAAUAAUUUGGUCGGCUUUCGGGGAGCAAAAAAGGUUGAUAAUCAUAAUAAGCAGGUUAUUCUUUUGGAACGUGAGAUACGUGAAGAUCCAACUACAACUAGGGAGGACAUUGAAGCAAUGGAGAUUGAUAUAGAACGCAAACGGGACAGUUAUGAAGAGUACAAGCAGGUUGAUCGCAUUGUCUAUCAACAUAGAAACCCUGAUGGAUCUUUGGAAUACUUGGUUAAAUGGAAGCAUCUCUUAUAUGAUUUCUGCACGUGGGAAUCCGCUGAAACAAUAGAGCCUAUAGCCUCCGAACAAAUACAAUCUUUUCAUGACAGAGAGCAUAGCCCAUUGAUGCCAUCUCGUGGUACUAACUAUGGUCAUACCCGUCCCAAGUAUCGUAAGUUAGAGCAACAACCUUCUUAUAUUACGGGCGGUGAAUUACGUGACUUCCAAUUAACGGGUGUUAACUGGAUGGCCUAUCUUUGGCACAAGAAUGAGAAUGGUAUCUUGGCAGACGAAAUGGGUUUAGGUAAAACUGUACAGACAGUAGCUUUUCUUUCAUACUUGGCUCAUUCUUUAAGACAGCAUGGGCCGUUUAUUGUGAUAGUUCCCUUGUCUACAGUCCCUUCGUGGCAAGAAACUUUUGCUCUUUGGGCUUCAGAUAUGAACUGCAUCAGUUAUCUUGGUAAUACCGCUUCUAGACAAGUACUCCGUGAUUAUGAGUUUUAUGUCGAGGGAACUCAAAAACUAAAGUUUAAUUUACUGCUUACUACUUAUGAAUAUGUUCUUAAGGAUCGUUCGGUGCUGGGUAAUAUUAAGUGGCAGUACAUGGCAAUCGAUGAAGCUCACCGCUUGAAGAAUAGUGAGUCCUCCCUUUAUGAAACAUUAUCCCAAUUCAAGAAUUCUAACAGGUUGCUUAUUACGGGUACUCCACUUCAGAAUAAUAUUAAAGAACUUGCAGCCUUAGUUGACUUUCUGAUGCCAGGAAAAUUUGAUAUACGGGAAGAAAUUAAUCUGGAAGCUCCAGAUCAAGAACAAGAGACUUAUAUUCGAAAUCUACAAGAGCAUUUACAACCUUACAUCUUAAGAAGGUUGAAGAAAGAUGUUGAAAAAUCCUUGCCCUCUAAAUCCGAACGUAUUUUGCGAGUUGAAUUAUCUGAUUUGCAAACCUAUUGGUACAAGAAUAUUCUAAGCAGGAACUAUCGAGUUCUUACUCAGAGUAUUAUGUCUGGUAGCCAGAUUUCGCUUCUGAAUAUUGUAAUAGAAUUGAAGAAAGCAAGUAAUCAUCCGUAUUUGUACGACGGAGUUGAAGAAUCAUGGAUGCAGAAAUUCGGUUCUCAAGGACGACGAGAAGAAGUGCUGAAAGGAUUGAUUAUGAACAGCGGGAAAAUGGUUUUACUUGAUAAGUUACUCUCUAGAUUACGCCGAGACGGGCACCGUGUCCUAAUUUUCAGUCAAAUGGUUCGUAUGCUUGAUAUUCUUGGUGACUAUAUGGCAUUGAGAGGUUAUCCCUAUCAACGAUUAGAUGGUACUGUUCCAGCAUCAGUUCGAAGAGUUUCCAUUGAUCAUUAUAAUGCGCCCGGAAGCCCUGACUUUGUAUUCCUGCUUUCAACUCGAGCAGGUGGUCUAGGUAUUAAUUUGAUGACGGCAGACACUGUUAUUAUAUUUGAUUCCGAUUGGAAUCCACAGGCCGAUUUACAAGCCAUGGCUCGUGCUCAUAGAAUUGGACAAAAGAACCAUGUUAUGGUUUAUCGUUUUCUUUCAAAAGAUACAAUUGAGGAAGAUGUGUUGGAAAGAGCCAGAAGGAAAAUGAUUUUAGAAUAUGCAAUUAUUUCUCUCGGUGUGACUGACAAACAGAAAAAUGCCAAAAGUGAUAAGUUUUCUGCAGAAGAGCUCAGUGCGAUUUUAAAAUUUGGUGCUUCCAAUAUGUUCAAAGCGGAAGAUAAUCAAAAGAAGCUUGAAGAUAUGAACUUGGAUGAAAUAUUGGAGCAUGCUGAAGAUCACGACACAUCAAACGAUGUCGGUGGUGCCAGUAUGGGUGGUGAAGAUUUUUUGAAACAAUUUGAGGUUACUGAUUACAAGGCUGAUGUUUCUUGGGAUGAUAUUAUUCCCUUAAAUGAAAGACAAAAGUAUGAAGAGGAGGAUCGACGAAAAGAACAAGAAGCACUCAAGAGGGAGAUUGAAUUAAAUAAUAGGCGUGGAAACAGACCGUACCCAAUUGAGAUGGCUGCCUCUUCUCCUAGUUCGACUGCUUCUGAGAAAAAGACAAAGAAGCAAAUGCUAAGGGACGAAGUGUUGUUAGAAAAAGAAAUUCGAUUGUUAUAUCGUGCGAUGAUCCGAUAUGGCCGUCUACAACACCGGUAUAAUGACAUUGUUAAAUAUGCGGAUCUAUCAACCCAAGAUGCUCAUUUAGUUAAAAAGGUAGCUUCUGAUUUGGAAGCGGUUUGUCAAAAAGCAAUUAAUGCAGCCGAAAAAGAGGCUAACGCUGAGCAAACGAAUCAAAAGUCUCGUAAAGCGUUGUUAAUAACUUUUAGAGGAGUAAAAAACAUCAAUGCUGAAACUCUAAUCCAACGUCUAAAUGAUCUUGAUGUCUUAUAUGAAGCAAUGCCUUCAUCAGGAUAUUCUUCUUUUGAGGUUCCCGUACAUCUUCGAUCUGUCCAUGGUUGGUCAUGUGAAUGGGGAAAGCGCGAGGACUCCAUGCUGUUAGCUGGUAUUUGUAAACAUGGGUUUGGAGCUUGGCUAGAGAUUCGUGAUGAUCCCGAAUUAAAAAUGAAAGACAAGAUCUUUUUGGAUGACAAUAAAGCUGAUAAUUCCGGAGAAAAGGAAAAAGAAAAGGAGAAAAAGGUCCCUUCUUCAGUACAUUUGGUACGACGAGGCGAAUAUUUGUUGAGUGCUUUACGAGACUAUCACCGUAAGGUUGAAGAAGGUACCGAAACUCCAAAGCUCGCUCCGAAAAGGCAACCCCAAAACAGGAAAACAUCAAGCAAAUCAAAUAAGAAUGGCCAACGAAGUGAAAAUGUUACCAGGACUCCCUCUCCUGCUGUUUCUGAACCACGAAAGAAACAUGUUACCAAAGAAGUGAAGUCCGAGGCUCCUCAUAAAGAAUCACCGCGCGCUUCCGUUGAGCCAUCUGUCAAACAGGAAGAAUCUGACCAACCUGAAGGUGAUGAAUUGACUGGUGAACAAAAGGCAAGAUGCAAGGAGCUGAUGUAUCCUGUUCGUAAGUUUAUGAAAAAACUUCGUAAGGGUUCCGCCGGUCUGGAAAGAAAACAGUUGGUGAUGCUUUUUACAGAGUGUUUAACAACGAUAGGAGGACAUAUUGAUGCUACUGUCUCAAAACUUCCUGAUAAUGAAAAGGAAACUAUUCGUAAAGAUCUGUGGAUGUUUGUUUGUUACUUUUGGCCCAAAGAUGAAGUCAAGUACACUAGUCUGAUUAGCAUGUACGAAAAGAUGAAGUGA